AUGGACCACCGAUCAAAGAGACGAAAUAUGAUUAAAAAUCGAAGAAAUUAUCAACCAACACAUUCGGAAAGUGCUUUGCAAGAACGAGAUGAACUCAUCACUCGUGCCAUGCAAAUGUUAAAUUCUCAAUUUACAAUGGAAACCUUUGAUGAAAUGAGAGAAUACUUUCCGAGAACGUCCAUGAGUGACGAGGCCUUAUUGCUUAAACAUUAUCCAGCAAAUACAUCUGAUGAGAAUCGAAUUUACUAUGACGGAAAAAUCAAACAGGCGGAGCUUAUUAAAGUGAAACCAAGAUGGCUCAUGUCUAACAUUGUUCCAACCACGGAAGAAGCCAAUGCAAAUUACAACCGCUUAAAAAAGACUCUGAGUGGACUCAAAUUGAAUACUGUUUGUGUGGAAGCGAAAUGUCCAAACAUUGGAGAGUGUUGGGGUGGUGUUGCAAAAAAGCAACUCAUGCAAGACGAUGUGACAAUUUCAAACACAGAAGAGCAUUCGGCAGCAGUAAAUGUCUUGGAAAAGACCUCCCACAAUGCCUCUCACAACCAAUUAGCCACAGCCACCAUCAUGUUAAUGGGCGACACGUGCACGAGAGGAUGCAGAUUUUGUGCAGUGAAGACAAGUAGAGCUCCUCCUGCACUUGAUUCAAGCGAGCCAGAAAAUACUGCUGAGGCUAUUGUGAAAUGGGGUUUGGAUUAUGUUGUAUUGACCUCAGUGGAUCGAGAUGAUUUAGCGGAUGGAGGUGCCAAUCAUUUUUAUGAAACUGUGAAAAGGAUUAAGGAAAAACAACCAAGUAUACUAGUCGAAUGUUUAACUGGAGAUUUUGCUGGUGCUGAAGAAUGUGUGAAAAAGAUGAGUCUCUCUGGCAUGGAUGUUUAUGCUCACAAUGUUGAAACUGUGGAAGCUCUGACACCUGAAGUUCGUGAUUAUCGAGCUCAUUUUCGUCAAUCUCUCAGAGUCUUGCAAUUAGCAAAAGAAACCAAUCCCAACAUUAUUACCAAGAGCUCCCUCAUGGUUGGAUUAGGAGAGACAGACGAACAAAUAUUUGAAACCAUGUGGGAAUUGAGACAAGUGGGCGUUGAUUGUCUCACCAUUGGUCAAUAUUUAAGACCAACCAAGAAACACAUGAAAGUGAGCGAAUACAUUUCUCCCAAACGUUUUGAAGCUCUCAAAGAAAUUGGUGAGAAAAUAUUCAAUUUCAAAUAUGUGGCGAGUGGACCCAUGGUUCGUUCUUCAUACAGAGCUGGAGAAUUUUAUUUGAAAACUCUUCUCAUGGAACAACGUGGGAAAGUCAGUAGUGAAUGA